CGGCGGCGGCUCGUGCUCGGUCCGGGCUCCGGAUAGCGCUCGGCACCCCGCUCGCAGCCCGCGGCGGCGCGCCCCCCGCACCCGCGCCCCCCCGCACCCGCGCUCGGCCCCGCGGAGGACGGCCAUGCCGCCGCGGCGCAGCAUCGUGGAGGUGAAGGUGCUGGACGUGCAGAAGCGGCGGGUGCCCAACAAGCAUUAUGUCUAUAUCAUCCGGGUCACAUGGUCCAGUGGCUCCACAGAGGCCAUUUACCGGCGCUACAGCAAGUUCUUUGACCUCCAGAUGCAGAUGUUGGACAAAUUUCCCAUGGAAGGAGGACAGAAGGAUCCCAAACAGCGGAUCAUUCCCUUUCUGCCAGGCAAAAUUCUCUUCCGAAGAAGCCACAUCCGGGAUGUUGCUGUCAAACGCCUGAUCCCAAUUGAUGAAUACUGUAAGGCCCUGAUCCAGCUGCCCCCCUAUAUCUCUCAGUGUGACGAGGUGCUGCAGUUCUUUGAGACAAGACCUGAGGACCUGAAUCCCCCCAAAGAGGAGCAUGUUGGGAAAAAGAAAUCUGGGGGUGACCUGACCUCAGUGGACCCCAUGGUCCUGGAGCAGUAUGUGGUGGUGGCAGACUACCAGAAGCAGGAGAGCUCGGAGAUCAGCCUCAGCGUGGGGCAGGUGGUGGACAUCAUCGAGAAGAACGAGUCAGGUUGGUGGUUUGUCAGCACGGCUGAAGAGCAAGGCUGGGUCCCCGCAACCUGCCUGGAAGGGCAGGAUGGUAUGCAGGAUGAGUUUUCACUACAGCCUGAAGAAGAGGAGAAGUACACAGUCAUCUACCCGUACACAGCUCGCGACCAGGAUGAAAUGAAUCUAGAGCGUGGGGCUGUGGUGGAGGUGAUCCAGAAGAACCUGGAAGGCUGGUGGAAGAUCAGGUACCAGGGCAAAGAGGGCUGGGCCCCAGCCUCCUACCUAAAGAAGAGCAGUGGGGAGCCCUCACCCCCGAAGCUGGGCCCCGGCUCGUCUGCCCACACCAGCGUUCUCGACCUGGACGGAGUUUCCCGGCAGCAGAGUACGGUGGGCAGGGAGAGAGAGCUGCUCAACAACCAGAGGGACGGCCGGUUUGAAGGCCGCCUGGGGCCCGACAGCGACAUCAAGCAGAGAUCGCCCAAGAUGAGGCAGAGACCCCCUCCUCGCCGAGAUAUGACUAUACCUCGAGGUCUUAACCUGCCCAAGCCUCCCGUUCCACCCCAAGUGGAGGAAGAGUAUUACACUAUUGCUGAGUUCCAGACAACUAUCCCUGAUGGCAUCAGCUUCCAGGCGGGUCUGAAGGUCGAGGUGAUUGAGAAGAACUUGAGUGGCUGGUGGUACAUUCAGAUCGAAGAUAAGGAAGGGUGGGCCCCAGCCACCUUCAUUGACAAGUAUAAGAAGACAAGCAAUGCCUCAAGACCCAACUUCCUGGCUCCCUUGCCCAACGAGGUGACCCAGCUCCGUCUGGGGGAUGCAGCAGCAGCGGAGAACAACACGGGCAGUGAAGCCGUCGGCCCCUCCCGGCCCCUGCCCGACGCGCCACAUGGUACCGCGGACUCCGGGAUGCCGUGGUCCAAAGACUGGAAGGGCGGCAAGGAGGUCCUGAGGAAGGCGUCUUCCGACAUGUCCUCGUGCGCAGGCUACGAAGAGAUCUCAAGCCCCGAACUGGAGGAGAAGCCCAGCCUCCCUCCCCGGAAAGAAUCCAUCGUCAAGUCGGAAGGGGAGCUGCAGGAGAGGGGGCGGCAGAGGAUGGAACAGCUCCGGGGCUCCUCACCCAAGCCUCCGGGCAUGAUUUUGCCCAUGAUUCCAGCCAAGCACACCCCCCCGUCCCGAGACAGCAGGAGACCAGAGCCCAAACCUGACAAAAGCAAGUUGUUCCAGCUGAAAAACGAGAUGGGGCUGGAGUGUGGCCACAAGGUCUUGGCCAAGGAAGUGAAGAAGCCCAACCUCCGACCUAUCUCCAGACCCAAAGCUGAGCCACCAGAGGAGAAGCCGGAAGUUGUUCCCCAGAAUCCCUUCUUGAAGUCCAAACCUCAGGUUAGGCCCAAACCAACUCCUUCCCCCAGGACAGAGCCACCUCAGGGCGAAGACCAAGUAGACAUCUGCAACCUCAGGAGCAAGCUGAGGCCUGCCAAGUCCCAAGAGAAACCCCUACUAGACGGAGAGAGCGGCCACCAGGCUGCUGGGGGCCAAGAUGCAGCCUUCAGCCGGGGCUUCCUCCCAGGCGACGGGCCUGGCCGCACCCAGGACAGGACGGCCAAACAGGAUGGGCUCAGCCCAAAGGAGAUGUCCUGCAGAGCCCCUCCGAGGCCAGCCAAGACCGCAGAUCCUGUGCCUAAGAGUGUGCCCGCCCCACUGCAGGAGGCUUCCCCGCAGAGACCCGUGGUCCUGCCCCGCAGACCACCGCCCCCCAAGAAAACCACCUCAUCCUCCAGGCCCCUCCCAGAGGUCAGAGGACCACAACGGGAAGCCAACGAAGGCAAGACAGCUCCUGCCCCAGGCCGGGCCCUGCUGGUCCCUCCUAAAGCCAAACCUUUCCUUUCCAAUUCCUCAGGUGGCCAAGACGACAUGAGAGGCAAAGGUGGUCCGGGACCACGGAUGGCGGGCAAGAUCGGAGAAAACAGGGAGAAAGCUGCAACCCCCUUCGCCAAUGCGGAUGGCCCGAAGGACUCUUUGUAUGUGGCUGUGGCCAACUUUGAAGGAGACGAAGAUACCAGCAGCUUCCAGGAGGGGACGGUGUUCGAGGUCCGGGAAAAGAACAGCAGUGGCUGGUGGUUCUGCCAGGUCCUGAGCGGGGCCCCUUCCUGGGAAGGGUGGAUUCCUUCCAACUAUCUCAGAAAGAAGCCGUAGCCACCUCCUUCCCUGUGUGGCGGUCCCGUGCAUCCCUGCUGGCUUUACCCACAUAUUUAAUAUGCCUCUUAAUUUAUCAACCUUCAUGCAGCUUCAAAGGAAGGAAGGCUCUGGAGUACUGUGGUUUCUUCCCUCCCAUCACAGCAUUCCCUGGAGGCUCAGAGGGUCAGAGGCCACACCCCCUGCUUCCUCUCCAAGCCAGCAUCCCUGCCUUAAGGCCGGUGGCAUUGCCACCCUGUGUAGGCCACCUAGCAGCGGGACCGUGACUCUCCGACGCCUCCAAGACCAGAACCCAUGAUCUGGAAACUGCAGAAAGGGUCUCUCAUUGCUGGCACCCCACCCAGUCCGUGAUGGCUGGCCCCCAACUUCUCCGUGUUUCUAAAAUCCCAGUGACUUUAUUUACUCAGUUUCCAAAAUGCCUGGUACCAGAAAGAACUCCAUCCCCUGGAAGUUGGCUCCAUUGCCAAUCCCAAGGAGAUGUCCUCCUCGAGGCUCGGGGCCCGGGAGCCUCUCAGGUUUGACCAGAUGCAGCUGUCCCAGGAGUGGACCUGAAGGUCUGCUGAGCCAUUCUGCCUCCCAUCUUCUGUCUUGGGACCCUGACUGAUCCUGAGGGCAUGGUCCCAGCCCCAGCACGCUUCACUUUCCCACAGCAGGGCUUUUUAAAUAGGAAUCCCCGCCCCACCAUGGGGCAUUUCACUUUGUCUCCAUAGAGCCAGAAUCUCAAAGUCGGUUUGAAAGGAGCUAAUCCCAAUCCAUGCCCCUUGUGAGUAGCUAGUAGGUGCCAGACUCUGUACUUGGCACUUUACAUUCAUGUUUUAACCCUCACAUCAACCCUCUCUUGUGGUAUACCUGUUUUACGGACGAGGAACCUCAGACUCAGUGUGCCCAGGGGCACACGAGCUGGGCAGAAGAAGAACGAGAACUUGAAUCGAGCUAGUGUGACUUCGAUGCCGGUGCCCUUCCCCCAGUAAGAGGCUAACCAGGCAGGGGAAAGGAAGAAGCUGACAGUGUCAGGAGCAGGUGGCCAAGGGCUUCCUCGUGGUGUGGGCACCAGUAGCUGCUCCCACACCCACCACGCCUCCAACCCAUCACAGCUUGCACCGAAGGCUGCCCUACACUGUGGACAGCUACUUCUCGGCAACGUGGGGAUGCCCAGGGCUCUGGCGGCUGCCACAGGGCCCUGUUUCCUCCUCCUGUGCUGCUGCCCGCUCUGGGGGAUAAAGCUCGUGGAGCCAAGGGAGCUCAGAUGGUCUCACGUGCCAGCCUUGAGGGGCCCUGGUGGCUCAGGGGCCAGCAGCUGCAUCUCCACAGGCAGAUGCCUCCCGGCCCUCUCUGCUGCUGCUUCCUGCUCCUCUCUGGCAUUCACAGAGCAAUUUUUCUUUUUUUUUUUUUUUUUUUCUUUCUUUUUUUUUUUUCUUUUAUUUUUUUUUUGCAUGCACUCUCCCUCUCUGUCAUCUCACUUCCACCCAUUUGGACAGAUAUGCUUCACGGAGGCACAGCUGCAUUGCAGAAUCAGAAUCGGGCCCCGAGGUUUCUGGCUCCAAGCCCAGAGUGCUUGCCUGUGGACCAGGCUACCUGCGGGGUGAGAGGGCAGAACCCCUCUUCGCCCCACCCUACCCUGCAGAAGAGGAUCCAGCUGCAAUCUCCAAUUCAGUGAUCGUCUGCUGUGAUGCUUUGUGGACCACAGGGCCAGCUUUCCCAGGGACGCCCACUGGCCCCCUGCAGUGCCAAAGACUUCUGUGCAAACAGCCCUCUUCUGCACUCCGCUGCCCGCACUGCCACGUGGGCUCUGGAUGCUUCUACGGGAGAAGGAGCGUCCUGAGUCACAGUAGCAUCUUUAUUCCUUCCUUCAGUCAGUCCGUGGACCCCGGGCAGGGCCCCGAGGUGCUUCUGGCGGUGCCCGCUUGCCCCCUGGCCCUCUGCCCAGAACCGUGGGGAAGGACAGCAGUCAGGGAAAGGGGGAGCCAGGAGAGGGCCACCCACAUCUUUGACAUCCCCUCAUUUGGAAGGGAGAGAGCCCGUAGCAUGGUUUUCAGAGUUUUUGACCCACUUUGGCUUAAACAGCUUUUAUGAAGCUGUUACGCGGGAUUCGACUACAUUUCCAAAGACAGAACUCGGUCUCUUUUUUGCUGAUUCACUUCUGCUUCCGUUGACCUUUCCAAGUAUUUUGUGAGUGCCUACCACGUGCUAGGCACUGGGUACACCAGGAUACGUGUGGCUCCAAGCCCGGCUCUGAGAGCUCUGGCUUUUGUUUGCUGAUUCCACUGAAGGGGUUAUCUUUGGCUCCGCUCCCUCCUCCCGAAGGUCUGCUGGGUGGGAACAGACCGGUUCCACCUCCCUGUGGGCAGAAGUGUUCCUGCAAAUGAAAGAAUUUGCUUUUUUGUUAUUAGUAGUAUUCUGACGCGAACUGAAGGUACUGAAAGCACAUUGCUCUCUGUUCACCGUUCUUUGCUCAGGACACGUCUAGGGCCUGAGGACUCCUCUCUCGGGCCGGCUCCGUUUGCCACAGUGGUGGGCCCUUCCUCAGGCAACUGGAAGUAGGGGGUCUUGAUGGCCCUGUGGCUCUCCCUAGCUGUCCUUGCUCGGGAACUUAGGUUUACAGCAUUCAGCCUGGUGGCCACCGUUCUGCGAGCAAUUGGUGAAGCCUAUGCAAAACUCCCCUGAGGUGAUGCCCACAGAAAAAUGCCCAAGACCACAGUUAAAACUCCCAUGCCACGCUCAGGGCAGGUCACUGGUGCUUAAACUCCUUCCUUUAACUUAACUCUCACGACAGCCCUGUGAGGGCAUAGGAUCAGCCCUGAGCGGUGGAGAGAAAGUUGAGGUUCACAGGGUGAAGCCACGUGCCCAGUUUCAUUCAAGUUGUGACCGAGUUGAGACUUGCGUCAACGGGUGCCCUCUCCCCAGGUCCCGGGACUUUUCCUCUGCCAAUGGCAAUGAAAUGUGCGUGAAGCGGGUCACCCCCGCUCAUAAUUUCGGUUUCUCCUCCCCUCACCUCGUGAUCACACGUAGCAGUAGGCCACAGGCCAAAGGCAGGCGGAGGUGGGUUUUGUUUUCUCUUCUCACCCCUGCUUCGUUCCUCGUGAUGACUGUUUCAGCCUACGUCCUACGACCAAACCACAGCUUACAGUGCCACCAACUCUCUGGAAAAUCUGAGUUGUAGGAUCACCACUUGGCAGACUAGGCCUUUGCAAAAAAUCUCUGCCAUUUGGUGGGUUUAUGUCACUGUCCCAGGCUGAGACGGGGGAGCUGGGCGCUCGCUUGGAUCACUGUUAACGCCCUACCCCGCUGAAAAUUGCUGGAGCCCACAUGAGCUCCCAUUAAUCAAUCAUCUUAAGCCUCCACCACAAGGCCUUCCCAUGUAACCAAUCUCUUAGGCAAAGUUCUUGGCCUUAAGACAUUUCUGAGCCCACCGAGGAUCCCCCUACCAGGCGAAACGUAGGAAAACAAACUUGCCACGUGAAAGGGCAGGCGCCAUAUCUCCCCAGGAUCUGGAUGGUCCUUAGGCUGAGGGACGCACUGUGUAGUAUUGUUACAGCCUGUAUCAAGUACAAAGCACUGUGUGGGAUCAAGAAGUCACUCCUGCCUUCAAGUAGCUGGUAAUUCGACAUCAUCAGGAACAGGAACAUUCGGGGCUUGGCUGCCAUCCUUUCAUUGUGCCCAAGUCUCUUAAGUGUUGGGUCAGGCUGCUCCCUGGGAGGUCUCGCCCUUCUCUUUGGACUGCGUCAGUGGGUAUGGGACAGCCUGAGCCCUGCACUGCAGUCCUAUCCCUCCCCCUUAGUUGUCCAGGCUUCUGCUGCAAACCAGCCACACCACACCAUAGACCAAAGAUUAACUAAUGUCAAACUCUGUGGCCUGGAGGAGUGGGAAAUUGGCUCACACUGAGGCCUGAGGGUGUAGGAUGCCCUCUGUUCGCCUGGAGGAAUUGCUCCUCACUUGGCUGAGGUUCUGACAUUGAGACGGACCACAGCCGGGGUCCCAGACGGGCCAGUCCCAGCACUGCAGAGCGAAAACCCAGAAGGCUCCGUGGUCUUCACCUGCUCAUGGACCACCUGCUGAGGACCCUUUCCCACAGACUUGAACGUCCAGCUUCGUAGGGUAAUGUCUGGUUUCUGGUGCUACCCUGCCAAGUUAUCCACACCCUCAUCACGCUUCAGCAUUUCCCUCUUGCUUCCUGUCUGCAUCCCUCCUCCAAAUUAGGCCUCUCAGUGACUCAACUGCUGUUUUCCUUGAAGAGGCCAAACCCAGUGCUACAGCCAGUAGCCUUCACUUCCAGGUCUUCUAUAAACGUACGAAAGGAGGUGCCCCCACCAGGCUUGUUACAGCAAUAAGCAAUUCUAACACAGCUGAGGUGUCCGUAUUUUAUCCCAGUGCGUGCCUGUCUAUGCCUUUGUGCCCAUGUAGCUGUUAAUAGUGCCCCUUUCACUCGUCCAGGGGAGAUGAUAAACUAUGGUCACCUUAGCGAUCCCCACAUUUCCUGCUUCCGAGCGCCACCAACAACUAAGCCAUCUCUCACAUCCCUCCAGGAACGGGGGAGCUCUGACCACCUUGCCCCACCGCCUCCUGUCUGCUCACGGAGUGACACUGGAGAUCCCUGAAUGUCACAGCACUCCUCAUACCCUCUUGGCAAACUGACGAAUUCUGGUGGUGGUUUUUGUUUCCUUUUAACACACACACACACACAAAUACACGAGGAUAUGUAAUGUGAGGGGGGGAGGGUGGUGAACACUUAGCUGUAGCAUGUAUAGACUAUAUACCAUUAGACUUUUUUUUUUUUUUUUUUUUAAUAAAAAAGUGCUUGACUGGUUUCAAGCUUCAUUGUGAAGAUGCAGUGUCGACGAAUUUUAUUUGGCUGAAGAAGAAUUACAUAGCUUUGUGCCCUGGCAUUUUGGGCUUGAGUUUGGGGAAUCAAAAAACAGAGAAGCCUGUGAGCUGUUUGGCCAAGAGGGGGGACUUCUCUGUCAGCCUCCUAGUUCAUCUUGAUUCUUUGAAUCACAAUGUCCAGAAAUUAAGGGAAAACAUCCUUGUGUUCACUGGGUAUCUCCCACAUAUCCUCAGCUCUGUGCCUAAGGGUGGAAAAUUUAGCACAUCUGAGGUGUCUUGAACCUCUCGCUGGUGUUGCCUACCCAUGGGCAAGAGUGUGGGGUGGAGGGGAGGGGCAGCCACGCUUGGGCUGUGGGGACUGCCCAAGCCAUCUGCUCUGGGGAGAGGGAGGGCAUUGUCUGAUGCGUUAUCACCUUCCCAAGGGCACAGGCAAGGCCAAACCUACCCCCAGCCUCCUUGGCCUCAGGUGAAUCAUUAAACAAAAUGACACCACCACCCACCUUCCUAGGGAGAGAAGAAGAGAACCAACAGAGUCCCUGAACAGAAAACAUCAAAAGGGGAAAUUUACAUUUGAUAUUCACCCUCCCUUGGAUGAAAGAUUUCAAAGAAUGCAAUUACCUUCUGGACCUUGCUUAAGGAUAAUGGUCCUUUGUGUGUUAGUCUCUGUUUCCUUUUAAAAAAAAAAAGAAAAUCAUGUGCUUCAGCCCCCUCCCCCCCUUGGGAGCAUUUUCUCCCAAAUCUUCCAAACUAAUUGUGGUUGUUCGUAAGAAUACAAGUGAUAAGGGCAUGGGAUUCCUGGAGCAGGCAUGCAGGGGCACCUGACCCUGAUGGGAUGGGAUUGGACCAUG